AGAUGGGUAAAUUUAAAGUUGCACUGGCACUUUUAACUGGUGAAUUCUGCCAAAACGAUCGAAAAAGAUGUUAAGGUUCUAAAAGUUAAGCAGAGUGAUGAAGAAAUGAUAGAUAAGUCGCUUGAGGCUAAGCUUGUUGAACGGCAAGGAAAAGUGGAACAACUGGAUGAAAUAAGAAAGCAGUUAGAAAAGGAAAGAGAUUUUAGGUGUGAGGCCGCCACAAAGGAACUCAAUAAUGUGAAGUUGGAAGUGGAAUCAAUGAGGCGUGAUCUCGAAUCAAGGCAAGCCAAGAUUGCAGCUGUGGUUGCAGAGGUUGAUACUAUCAAUAUGAAGAUUAAUUCGAUAAAAGAAUCUGGGGCAGUCACCUGGCAAGAGUUAGGUCAUAAAUGUGAAGAGAUUCAGAGAGAGUUUUACAAGUAUUUAAACUCCAUCGGAGGCUUGUUGCCGAGGAUUGAGGUGGAGCCUGGACUUGAGCAUGGAAGGAGCAGAUCCACCUAGAGCAAACAAGUGCAUGUAUUUCAAUCACUGGUCGACUGCACUGCACAGAGCAUACUAUUUUGUUCUUCUAUUUAAGGAUAUCAUACUAUCCCAGUGUUCCUCUCAGCUAGAUGUAGAGUCAGAAGAACUUUAAGAUAUUGUUAACAAAGUGUAGUUGAGCGAGCGUUGGCUAGUUCAGAUUUUUGUACAGAAGCAACCUUGUUGUCUUAAUUUUUAAUUGUUCCGGGAACAGAGUUGGAUGAACCUUGCAAUGGUCUAGCUUGAUUGAAUUUCAAGCUUGAGCUAGGCUCAAAAUUUGAUUAUUGUAUAUUCCAAUGUGCAAUUCAUUACCAUUUUUGAACUCUCGCAUGUUCGCACAACCCGAGCUAUUGAAUCAAAAAGCUCGGCACCGAGGUGGUCGGAAAAGGCUUGGGUUGUAAAAGCUAUCUUCAAUUCUCGACUCUCUUUCGCACUUGCCAGGAUCUGGGGCGUGGAGCUUAAGGAAGUCAUUUGUAUUGGUCAAUACAUUGGAACUUGAAAAGCAACGUCUUGGAGCUUGAAUCCGUUUAGAGACACACCUGCACGAAUAUGAACAAUUUGAUUAAAAUUUGGUGCUAGUAACUGCCCAACAGAGGAAUUCAGUGCUUGCAAUUGCUCAUCAGAUGCUCGAGAAACUGGGGAUGGCAAUGGCGAUGAUGCAACUUCACCAGGAUCAGGUAUGGUUGGCUGAACUUUAAUAUUUGGGGCAACUGAUGGGUGUUGACCCGACGUGGAAUUAUCCUCUGAAAGCUGUUGAAGUGGUUCAGGAAUAUGAACUUCUGACAUGUCAACUUGCAUGUCUGUUUCGGAAAACUCUUUUGAUUGAAUGUAAGAACUGAAAUUUACCAUCUUUUAGAGAUUUGACACAAGUUCCGAUCAAUGAGUAGAAAUCUUUUUCCCAUGACCACUUUUUUCCUUUGCUUGAAAGGCGUUUUGAGAGCAGCCCCCUUAACUAUAUCUCCUUCAAUCCUACUGCCACUACCUACAACAGAACCUUGAGGCCAAGAAGGGCUACUUUUUCAUAAUCAACAUCUAGAGCACCAUUACUACUACCCUCACCAAGGUUCGCAAAGCAGAGUAUUGCCUGACUCUUCUUAGGUGAAGCAAUCUUCUUGUCCAAAUCUUCGACCAUAAAAUCUGAACCAUUUUUCAGAGAUCGCUCCAUCGAGUCCCAAUCAAAACCAAAAUCAUCACAAAGGGUAUCUUUGAUUAAAGCUAUUUCAAGUGGAUCCAUAUACAAGAACAUGUCAUGUGGUGUUAGACAUCUCCUAUUGUUUGGACUACAAUACAACCACUGUCUAUUGCAAUAGCUUUACUUUUCUCUUCCCUUGAAAAUUGCCUAGUGGCCGACUCAGAGUUGAGAAGGAAUCCUUUUUUCAACGUAGAUACAAAUACCCCAGAACACCAGGAAGAGAACAGGUAGAGAAAAAACAAAAACAAGGAAAGAAGCCUGACUCACAAAAACUAGAGAAAAAGGAUAACUAACAAACACAACUAAAAGUAAGAAAAACAACCAACACAAAACAAACUAAGAUAACCAUCCAGCAACAAACCCACACCCAGAUAUCUACCUAUAAAAACAAGCCAAAGAAUGCUACAAGAGGUCAAGGAACUAGUCGGAAAUACGAAGACAGGGAAAAGGGAAACUUGGGUCUGCUGUAAAAAGAAGAGAAGGUCCAGAUCUGCAACACCUAAGAACAAUACCGAAAGGAAAAAAACAGGGGAAAAGAAAAGAGAGAAAAAUGGGAAGAGGAGAACAGGAUCAGUCGGGGAAGAUCAGUCAACGUUGAAAAAAAGGAUGCUUAAAUCGGCUCAAAGAAUACACCUAGAAAAUGCAAAGAUAUUACAACACUGUGAGGAUGAGACUACCAUCACUUAUCUAUGUUCUCUCUUUUCUCUUUGUGCUCCAUUCCAGAAACACCACCCCCACUAUAAUCAAAGCCAGAUUUGGAAAAUUGUUCUGUGAAAUCACUUAAUCUCUGCAACCCUCCAUCGAAUUAUUCACCGUGUUAAAUCGAUUAAGGAAUUUCUGCCACUCAGAGUUUACCCAAGAAAUUUCAAGCUCAAUGCACCUAGAAAAUGGCCCCAUGGGGUCAAACAUUAAGUAAUUGGGUUUCUAUUUUUUCUUUUUUUAAAUCAACAGAUCUGGAAAAAAGCUCAAACAAUACAUAACUGCUGUUGUAUUGUAGAUCUAGUUUGUGUUUGUUGUUGUUGUUGUAUGAACCUGAAGGAAAAGCUCAAAAGAAUACACAUAUAAUUAGAUAUUUUAGUUAUGGGUUCGAUAUCCUUUUACAUACAUAACCUCAGUACAGAGAAGGAAAUAAAUUUCAAAAUACACCAGACUUCACAUAUGUCACUAAACAUACCGUCUUAUAUGAUACACAAGAUCCAAUGAUUAUUUAAUUGUAUCUGCUUU